AUGCCAAGAAUUAGUAAAGUUCUUGAUGAUCCAACACCUGAUCCGGAGAAAGUUGGGAAAAUGCAGGUAUGUAUUCUUGUUGAUAUAUGGCGGAUGCCAUCAUUAUCUGUCUUUGUACUAUUAACAAUUCAUUCUGUAUAUUUAUAUGAUUCAAUAAAACCAUCACCAAAUCUUCCAAUUAAAGUUGAUGCAAUUCAACCUGCAGAUCGAUCACAUGUUUUAGCAUCGAUAUCACCAUUUGAACGUGAUAUUUAUGUAAAUUAUCAUAAAGGUGUCCAUAUUGAUCAAUAUCAUAUUUCAUCAACAUCACAAUGGAUAUUGAAAAAACGUUAUUCAAAAUCUGGUUGUUGUGAAACAAAAGAUAUUGAAAUUCGUGAUGUUCGAUGUGAUUCUCAAUAUAUUUGUUUAUUAAUAAUGCAACAAGAUGAUUUAAAAUGGCGAUUAGAUAUAAUGUCACGUGAUAUGAAAAGAAUAAGACGUGGAAUUGCAAUGGAUUCAGGAGAAAAUCAACAUAAAUUUUUUUUAAUGUUUAUACUGCUUCAUGAUCAAUGA